AGUCUGAUCAGUAUCCCCAAAAUUCACCCUUUUCUUCUUCUCUUCUAAUUUUGCUUUUGUCGUCAACGAUCUUCUUAAUUAUUUUCACUAUUCAACUCCCUAUAAAACCCUUAAUUUGCAAAUAAACCCCUGUAACUUCUUCACUUAAUCACUCACACCAUCUUCUCUCUUCUUUCUCUCUCUUCCUUUUCUUCUCUUACUUUCUCUCUCCUCCUUCUCAAUCGUUGUCGUCUUCUUCGUCGUUGUUUCACUGUGUUUCGCCGAUUUCUCACCUGCAUUAUCGAUUUUGAUUCCUCUUUUCGAUGUACCCGAUUUCUAGGGUUUUUCGCAUUAUCUGAUAAAAAUUUAAAUUCCGAAAUUUAGGGGUUUUUUCGUUGAUUUUUCGCGAUUUUUUCUGACCUAAGUAUGGAGGCUGCGGCCGCUGCUGGACGCGGCGCUUCGCUGUCUCAGUCGACGUCUCAGUUGCCAUCUCGUAAACAAUGGCGUGCCGUUUCGGAACAAUCCGUUCGAAGCUCGGGAACUGAGGACUUAGAAAGGUCGAAAUUAGGGCAAUCUGAUGAAAGGACUAUAUACGAGGUACAGCAGGGACAAGAGCCCAUCGAUGGGGUAGACUUUUGCUCGAUACAAAUGGACGGGAUUAUGGGUAUGGAAGAUGGGAUUUUGCAGCAAAGAAUUCAUAGUUUGGCUAGACAGAGAGAAGAGAUGCAGCAAAUGGAGAUAGAACUUAGGGCUCAGUUGAUUGCGAAAUCCGAGAUUGUGGAAAUGCAGAAUAGCUUUGAUGCUCGGUUCAAAGAACAAGACAAUGUUGUCGCAAGGCUUCAGGAGCAACUUCAUGAAAGAGACCAAUCGAUGCGUGAGCUUGAGAGGAAGAUAGAGGAGAAAGAUCGAGAGUUACAUGCUGUGAGAUUGGAUAAUGAAGCGGCUUGGGCUAAGGAAGAUCUUCUAAGGGAGCAAAACCAAGAAAUAGCGAACUUCAGGAGGGAGCGUGAUAAGAUUGAAGCUGAGAGAGCUCACCAUAGACAACAGAUACAUGAUCUUCAAGAACAUAUUCAGGAUAAAGAGAGACAGAUGUUGGAGUUGCAAGAGCAGCAUAGGGUAGCUCAAGAGACAAUCCUCUACAAGGAUGAGCAGAUACGGGAUGCACAGACUUGGAUAGCACGAGUGCAGGAAAUAGAUGCCUUGCAAUCAAGUACUUUGCAAGCUGAGCUACGGGAACGUACAGAACAGUAUAACCAGCUCUGGUUGGGUUGUCAAAGACAGUUUGCAGAGAUGGAAAGGGUGCAUGUGCAGGCCAUUCAGCAGCUUCAGCUUGAGCUGGCUGGUGUCAGAGGAAAUAGCGGAACAUAUAGUGCUGAAUCACAGAAUACCUCUAGUGAUAGUUCUCAAGUUGUACCAAACAGUGGAACUCGCGUUGAAGCUAAUGGUGGUGGGGCAUCAAAUAGUUCUGGAGGACUUCCUAAUGGGAAUUCAGAUAACUCUCAAUCAUAUGUUUCUUCUGGCAAUGCAUCUUCACAGACCAAUCAUGCUCCUAGUCUUCCUCUCACUCCAUCCAUUAUGGGGAUGCCUUCCUAUCAUCCACCUGGACAGGUAACUGCAAUGCAUCCAUAUAUCAUGCAUCAACAAGGAACUAACCACAAUGUAGCAUCACAAGUUCCUCAGUCCCAUGUUGGGCAUUUUCAAUCAGUACCAGCACUGAAUUCUCUCCAACAGUGGCAGAACCAACAGGCUGUCUCAGAAGGUCAUUCUAUCAACUCUCAGAAUCAAUACUCACUUUCCCAAGCAGAAGAAAACCCUUCAAGAUCAGAUUCGACUUACGGCUAUGAGUACUCUGUCAAUGGACAAAGCCUGCAUCCAGAUUAUCUUAAUGCUCAUCUCAGCCAAGGAGUUGAUCCUAACUGCCAAAUUACAUCUAACGAGGUUGCACAGACUCUUGAAUCUGUGGAGAAGAGCUUUUUUGUUGGCCCUGACACUCAGCACAGCUUACAACAGAUUUCUUCACACUUCCAAGAGGCACUGCGUUUGGACCCUCUGAAUCAAACUAGUGAAAUCAAGACCGAGGAUAAUGAUGCUGGGAACAUCAUUUCUAACAAUGGGACUGAAAUGCAUAAUGUGGUGACGGAGCAACCUUGCUCUGCUGUCGAGCAAUCACCAUCUGAAUCAUCUGCUCACACUGUGCCUUUUGCUGAAGCUACUGUGAACAAUGCUGAUGACGUUGCUUCAACUGAAUCUUAUGUCUCAACUGAUCAGUCAAAUGGGUUAUCGACUAGAAAGAUAUCAGAGUCUCCUCUUCUUGAUGAAAGAGCUUUGUUAGCUUGCAUUGUCCGAACUAUCCCAGCAGGAGGCAAAAUUCGUAUUAGUUCAACGCUUCCAAAUAGACUUGGAAAGAUGCUUGCUCCUCUUCACUGGCAUGAUUACAAGAGGAAGUAUGGUAAACUUGAUGAUUUUGUGAGCAUUCACCCUGAACUUUUCUUAAUUGAAGGGGAUUACAUACAACUUCGUGAAGGUGCACAAGGAAUUAUUGCUGCUACAGCAGCAGUGGCAAAAGUCGCUGCAGCAGCUGCUGCGUCAUCUCCUUACUCCUCCUUUUUUCCUCCUGUGGCUGUCACGCCAAUGGCUGAUGCUGGUCGAGUUAAGAAGUUAUCGUCCUUGGAACCUAAACCAUUGAGAAAUUCUGUUGACAGUUCACAUUCACCAGCUAUGCAGAGCCGUCAUUCUAAUGGUUCUGGCUAUAUUUCUGGAAGCCUUUCCAAUGUGAAAAUUUUGAGCAAGUCAAAAGAUUCUUUGGAACGCAAUGGCCAUGAGGCAAGGUCUGGGCAGCCUUUGACAGUUCCUGCUGAAAAUGGUGUGCAUUCUGAUAGAUCUAUUCUUGGCAAUCCACAAAACCAGGUGCCAAUCCAUGCAAGGGGGGGCAGUGCCAAAUUUUAUCGCUAAAUAGCAAGGCAGGACUGCUGGGUUGGAUUUGAGAUGAUAGAUUUGCUUUUGAAAGGUAAUGAACUUGUUUGGACAACAUUGCUAAAUGAGCCUUGUAAGAUGUCCGCCUGUUUGAAGGAGCCAACUAUCCCAUUCAAUAUCUCCAUUAAUCCUUUGGUCUAACCGAAUUUCUGAUUGGAAUGUCCAUCUGAUUUAUGUUUUACCCUUUGUCUUGAUUGGAGAAUUUUAUAGCAACAUGUUUAUUCAAGCUAAGAGAUUACAUUGAUCUGUUGCUUCUUUUUUCUCUUGUUUUGGUCACCCCUCCUGGUUUCCUUUCCUUUACAUUUUAUGUUAUGCUUGCUCUAUUUUUUGCCUUUUCAUUUCUCAUGCUUUUUUUUCAUCUCGUCGUCAGAUACAAUGAUCUGUAACUCUGUAAGGCUGAUCUUGAAUAUACUUGGCAGAAAAUUGUA